AUUGUUACUAGUUCAACAGUCAUAUAGAAUGUACCUACUCUUACCCAAAUAAGGUAACAGAUGUAACAAUGCAGAUUGUCGCCAGGUAAAUCCUGCUAGCAUCCUUUGAACCUAGCAUCCAAUUUGGCAUUCCUCAGCUGAGUUCCGCCAGGGUGGCUCUUUACCACCGUGCUUUCCGUUUAAUAGAAUUCAAAGGGCGCUCAGUUAGACGUGUCCGUGUACCCCAGCAGACCGGUGCAUCAGCUGCAUUGUUGGUUAAAUGUAGCGGGGUUGGGAUUAGCAGAUAAAAUAGCGCUACUGUUGGCUGUUUUGAUUGACGAUUCCGAGUUUCCGCUGACAAACAUGAAGACAGUAACGCCGUUCGAGUGAACCCCUCCACCAAACUUUACGCCAGCUUGGAUGACCUAUGCUUUUUAUUAAGUCGUCUUGUUCAUUUUUAACGUCAUUCCGCUGAAGGCACGAUGUCGCACUGGCUUGCAGACGCCUUACAUGUGACUGCUAAAACAAUGAGGCUGAGAAUGCGUAAGGCGUCUCAGCAACCGAACCCCACUCUGGCAAGCCGCCCAUCCCGAACCAAGCGGAGGCAUUCAGAAGUAGAAGAGGACACUCCUACUACUGGGAGAGGAUUGUUCUCCACCAUCAAGAAGUUCAUCAGAGGAAAUGCUGUAAAGGUUCAGGAGGAAACCCCAGCAAAGAAGACACGCCUCCACUGUGAUGUGGACAACAACCUGAUCACCUCUACACCCACAGACCCCAACACACCCAGGAGGAAUAUAAGCAGAGUUGGCAGGAGAGGAUCCGUCAAUGGACAGGCAACCAAUCACGACAGGAGUAAAGAGAAGCCCAAUGGUAGUCUGGAGGAGACGACAGCCGUUGAGGUGACCACCAGCCCUCCCAGAACGACCCUUCUCGGGACCAUCUUCUCCCCCGUUUUCAACUUCUUCUCACCAGCUAAGAAUGCCUCUUCCGGCUCGGACUCUCCAGACCAAGCAUUAGAAGCUGAGGAGAUAGUCAAGCAGCUGGACAUUGAGCAAGCUGUGGAGACGCCCACCAGCACUGCUACAUCCACGCAGGAACUGUGCGUCACCACCAACUACUACUCGAGCGUCUCACAGCUCCCACCUCUGCGACCGCCACACAUCCUCGAGGCUUCUCCCACAACCGAAGAAGGAGAGCUGGAUACGGAUGCUGACCUCCCCCCUCUCACAGCUCCAGGCACCAGUCCAGAUAUGGCACAUGUGGACACCCUUCCAGCUACAGUACCACCAGAGGCAUCCUACGAGGAAGACUGGGAAGUGUUUGACCCGUACUUCUUCAUUAAGCACGUCCCUCCACUGACAGAGGAGCAGCUCACUCGUAAGCCAGCCCUUCCCCUGAAGACGCGCAGCACACCUGAGUUCUCUCUGGUCCUAGACCUGGAUGAAACUCUGGUGCACUGCAGUUUAAAUGAGCUGGAGGACGCAGCACUUACCUUCCCUGUCCUCUUUCAGGAUGUCAUUUAUCAGGUGUAUGUGCGCCUGAGGCCAUUCUUUAGAGAGUUUCUGGAACGCAUGUCUCAAAUAUAUGAGAUCAUCCUCUUUACAGCCUCUAAAAAGGUGUAUGCAGACAAACUGCUCAACAUCUUGGAUCCUAAAAAGCAGCUUGUGAGGCACAGGUUGUUUCGUGAGCAUUGUGUCUGUGUCCAGGGUAACUACAUCAAGGAUCUCAACAUUUUGGGAAGAGAUCUCUCAAAGACCAUCAUUAUUGACAAUUCACCACAAGCCUUUGCAUAUCAGUUGUCCAAUGGGAUUCCCAUAGAGAGCUGGUUCAUGGACAAGAAUGACAAUGAGCUUUUGAAGCUGGUGCCCUUCCUUGAGAAGUUGGUUGAGAUGAAUGAGGAUGUGCGGCCGCACGUUCGGGAACGGUUCCGGCUUCACGACCUUUUACCCCCCGAUUGAAGCCAACCACAAACUCUCGAAAUGGGGACAACAUGAAAAGACUGAGAACAACACGUGCGUGUAAAAAGCCUCUCUUUGGAUUACAAACUACAACAUUGCCAUUACUUUAAAAAAAAAAUAAAUAAAUAAAAAUUAGCCUUUUUUUUUUUUUUUGGUUUUGUUUUUAAAUUCACCAUUGCUUUAACAAGAAAAAAAAGAGAACUUCAAAAGAAAACCUUUUUAAAAGAUCUGGGUGAGAUUUUCUAAAAAUCGUAAGCGCAUAGAUGAAAUUACACACUAUGGACAAGCCCAGGUCGUCGACACUUUUUAAGCGACUCUUCAGCUGUGGAGCCAGAUAUCAGCUCCACACUAAAUUCUGAAGUCUUGGUGCUGGUUUAGUGGAUAUGAAAACACCACCUGGUAAAGAGGAACUCCACCUUGCCCGACCGCAGUCCAACCCUCUGGUGCUCACGCUGUCAGUACUGACGAUACGACACUCUGUGGCUACAGACCAUUUUUAACAGGAGUGACUGGCCUGUAAAUCAAUCUGUGCAUGUGUGUAUGUUUACUCCUAGCCACACACACUCACUGAUUCGGUGUAUGGGCAAGCCUAAAAACUGUAGCCUUGAAAGUCAUAUGCAUUCCUCUGUAGCUUCGUCAACUUUCUGUUGUUGGUUGCAGUUUUUUUUGUUUUUUUUUGUUUUUUUUUGCGCUUUCUGGUAAAACUGGUGUUUUGUUUUUAAAGAUGGGGUUUAAAAGAAAAAUUUCAUUUCUGUUUGUAAGAUACGAGAUUUUAAAAGGGUCAUGUAAGUUUCAUUGUUAACCAUUUCCCCAUAUAGGAGAACCUGUAAAUGACAGUCCGCUGCAUAGUCAAAUAAAAUGGAAUAAAUCCAGGACUUUAUAGCUUGUUCUCAUUCUGAGGUUUAAAUGAAUGUGUUGGCUUCACACGUGGACACAACAUGGCUCUUUGAUUUAAAUGUUAAGGAUCUUUUGACCUGUAAAUCUGACACAUUGUAAUGAUUUAAGGGCAUUCAUUCUCAAAGUGAUGUGUCACCGUUAACUCCUCGUUUUAAUAGCAGUUCGUCAUUCGUGUGUAAUCAGUAUUGUCUCCGGCUCCUGAGCAAGUAUUCUCGCUAAAACCUCGAUCGGUUUCUUUUAAUUGUCACGUGUAACUUGAUGGCUAUAUCAGUAGCAUUAUGACUAAUGUAGCGCACCUCUGCCAGUGUGUCAUAAAGUCUACCUGUGGCAGAAGUCAAUGGCCAGACCGUGUACCAGCUAUACCUGGCACCAGCAGCAUACUGUUACUGUCAGCUUCACCGUCUGCCCCUCUGCCUGUUUCACAUGUUUUUCGUAGUAUUUUUAAGCGUUUGUUCUUUGUUUUUAGCCGUUAAAAGGAUUGUUUAAGAAUGGUAACUAAAUGAAUGUGUUUUUGGUUUGUUUUUUAUUUGUUUGGUUUUUUUCCCCAGCAUAAUUUAUUGAUGAUGAGACGCACAGUAGGGUGAAGUGUUGUCCGUGUUUUGGCCACUGUACAAGCCUAAACUUGGGAAGUCACGGAAACUCGGAUGCCCGUCGCUAAUACAAGCCUGUGACGGUGUGGCAACGUUUUCUUUAGAUUUUGUUGGAAUCUUAAGUGCAUUUUAUGUUACAGCGUGUGUGCGUGCGUGUGUGUUGCCUGUAUAGUGCCAUACAAUACAAGUUCCUCCUCGUGGCUUUUCUCCCAUGCUCCAACCCAUAAAAUACUUCACUGGAAAGAGACAAUCAAACCUCCAAGCUUUGCUGAUGCUGAAACAUAGAGAUAUCCACCCUUUGACAAUUUAUUAAUUUUCUUCUUCUUUUUCCUUGCCGAUAGUGUGCAGUAUAUAUAUUGUGUACUGUGAUGCCAUUUGAGUCGUGCCCCCAUGUGGAAAUUGGCUAGGUUGAAUCCUACUCUUCCCAAACAAUCCCUGCUGCUCACGGUUGUUUUUUGUUUGUUUUUGCCUUUCUUGCCGCAAGUAAAUUGCUCUCCAGAACUUAAAAAUCAGCUUGUAUUCAAGUUACAUUGUUAAAAGCCACAACGGUGUUUGCUCAGACACAACGUAAUGAGUACACAUGUACACAGACUAUGAAUGUAACGUGUACGUGGGCUGAAGGCUCAAGUGUCUUUCUAUGAUUCCAUUCAGAGUCAAAAGUAAUGUGCUUGGAAUAGGGGACCGGUCUCGAGAUCCCACCGUGGUAGCCCAGCUCCCCAUCCACCCAAUGAUCUCUCACCAUCCUGACCAUCUUCUGUUAUGCAAGCCUCACUCUGUGUGGUGCGAUGCGCUCAAUCUCGUCACUGGGCUGUGCGAUUAUGUAAAAUCGUCAGUCAUGGCUUUUAUUCUGAAGGGUCAACAGGAGGCAUUGGAUAAAUUUCAUCCAACUCAUUUUUAUGUGCAUUACCAGUUUAUUGUACACUGAGUGUUGUACAAUACAUGCAGCUUCAUGUAAAAAAAAAAAAAAAAAAAAAAAAAAAAAAAAUCCUUAAAGUAAGGAAAAAAGCUUUUGUAUUUUUGAUUUCUAAAGGCAUGUCAUAUCUACUUUUAAAUGUAUUAAUGAAGAUUUAACUUUACAUCAGAUGGAGUUUUGUGUUUUCUUUUUUUUGUUUCUUACAAAUAUCUGUAUGUUUAGUUUAGCGCUAUGUCACUGAACUGUUAAGCUUAGCAUGUAAAGAGUACAGCUUGCUUUUGUGGGAAAGUCCUGAAUUAAAUUUAAAUCAUGGCACUUUUUCUGCCAAAAAGA